AUAGUGAAGGCCGUUUACUGUUGUAGUUAGAUUUAUUUUUAUUAUUCCAUUGACACUUUCAGUAAGGCCAGCUUAUAUUAUUUAAAUGGGUGAAACCCGUGAAUUCAAAGCCCCCGUUGUGCUUUCAAAGGAACCGAAAAGACAACCGAACUUGAAGCGGAAGUUUUCAGCUGAUGAGGAAGAGUUUCCCCUAGAGAACAGCAGAAUCCUCACACGGUCACUGCAGAGAGGAAGGUCGUUCACCUUCCUCACUCCAAAACCACAAUGGGACUUCAGUUUGAAGAGGAAGCACAGAGAGAAAGAUGGCAGUGAUGCAGUCAGCCUCUGUAGCAUCGACUUUAAGGUAUAA